CUUUCGAAAGUUUCACAUCCGCAAGAGAGCGGCAAGGCGAAACAAGGCAACGUGAAGUAGGCAAAGAAGUCUCGCGCGCGAACUCGGUACGCUGCAGGCGAUGACCGCAUUCGUACGAGUUUUUUUUAUAUUGUGAGUGUACAGUCGUGUUUUUCCGUUCCAUAAAAGUGCUUACAAAAAUGCUGUAUAGGUGAACUAUUGGAAUAUACAAAGUGUUGUGUUUGUGAUUAUAUUUCCUUAUUCUUCUUUCACUGUCUCUCAAAAGGUUAAAAAAAUGCCUUGCUCUGCGGUAACUCUGUCCAUUGCGACCAUUACAGCAAUCGUAUCUGCUGCCUUAAUGGCAAUAGCCUUUUCUACUGAUAACUGGCUUAGUAUUGAAGUUAAGCGCAGUAAUAUCCAGACAGAUGCAAAAACGAACUCAGUUGGCAGCCAACAAAUUUUGGAAAGCCUCAACAACAAGUACUAUUUCUACUCCAGGACGCGGGGACUUUUCCGCAUUUGCUACCCUAAGGAACGGCCACCAUCAGUGGAGAUUUAUCUGUCACCGGUGGAAACGCACUGCAGCAAUGUCGAUUACUUCAUACCAGACGAAAACAACGAGACUAAAUUAUUCUCAGACGAUGCGAUGAAUAGGCUGCACAUGGCGCGUUCCACAGUGGCUUUAUUCAUCGUGGCGUUCCUGUCGCUGUUUAUUGCCUUUUGGACCGGUGUAGUUGGCUGCUGGAAACGCAGUCCAGGCAACAUCACCGCCACGGCGAUACUUAUGCUUGUCACAUGUCUGCUAGCCGCUGGUGCGAUGGCUUUAUGGCAUGGUGUAGAAUUCUACGAGAAAGAGAAGGUUGUAGGCGAGGAAUACUAUCAGCAGUGGCCUAAGGUGCUAAAAGACAACUCGUCGAUAUCUUACGACUGGUCCUACAUCAUUGCGUGGUUAGCAGUCGGCGUCUCCUUCGGGAGCUCAAUACUUUUCGUCUCCGCCGCCAUUUGCCUCACCAAGGAGAAGAGGCGGGAACAACAGACUAACGUGCAGUAUAUUAUGCCAGUGUAUCCGCAAAAGCAGCAGUACGCGUAUGCCGGGUAUCCGCCGCCGCAGGCGUAUCCCGGCCCUUACUAUCACGGCUCGCAAUACGGGCCAUACAACUACUGAGCAUGCGACCAGAUGAGGGACCUCGUGGCGGCGCACUUCGCCAACGCCCCCGCCCCGCAGGCACCCGCGCGCAACCCCUCCCCCGCCCACCAACCCUCCAUCUCCUCCCUUGAAACGUACAACUCGCACAGGAAGAUCAAGCGCCCCAAACUGGGUGAUAGGAAAGUCUAUCGACCGGUCCGACGUCAUACGCUCUCGCGCAUAGACGAAACACCCAAUCAGACGC